AUGUCAAAGGAUGAAGAAACAACUGGAGUUCUUGUAAUUGGUCCAUUGUGGAUAUCAGAGUGUGAUCCAGCAGUAGGAAUGAAAAACUUUUUUGAUAUGCUCUCAAGAAAAUCUCACAAAGUGGUUGUUCUAUUCGGUGCUGCCUGUACCACUGUCACCGAUCCGAUUGCUAAAGCAGCUCAGUUUUUUCAAUUAGUGCAGUUAACGUAUGCAGACACCCAUCCAAUGUACACGAUGGAAAACUACCCGAACUUUUUCCGAGUAGUUCCGAGCGAAGCUGCUUUCAACCCUGCAAGAGUGGCUUUGUUACAGCACUUCAACUGGACACGUGUUGGGACUCUCUAUCAAAACUCUCCACGAUAUGCACUGCCCCACAGUAAACUUCUGACAGAUCUCGAGACAGCCAAAAUAGAAAUAGCUGCCCAACACGGAUUCGUAGACGAGUUACAGUCGGCUAUACGUAAGUUAAAAGAAAAAGAUGUGAGAAUCAUCCUAGGAAACUUUGACCAAAGUUGGGCUGGACAGAUAUUCUGUGAGGCCUAUCAUGUGGGACUCUACGGUAGAAAGUACCAGUGGAUAAUUGUUGGAAUGUAUGACGAACACUGGUGGAGAAACAAUGAUAAACACAUCACGUGCGACCAGUCUCAACUCCAGGAAGCAUUAGAAGGUUAUAUUGCCACCGAUGUUCUGCCUUUAAGUACUGAAGAUAAAAUUACUGUUUCAGGCCUGAUACCCGCUGAAUACGAGGCCCAGUAUAAUCAAGCCAGAAGAGGGAGCUACAGUCGAUUUCACGGGUAUGCUUAUGACGGUAUUUGGGCGAUAGCACUGGCUAUAGAGAAGGUUCGAGAGAUGCUUAUUUCCGAAGAAAGUUCCAGAAGCUUAGAAAUCUUCGAAUACAAAGAUCCCACGUGGGCCAGGUUGUUUCGUGAAGCCUUUAACAAGACAUCUCUUCUAGGGGUCACGGGACCCGUCAGUUUCACUAGAAAUGAGCGACGAGGACUAGUUCUUCUGAAACAGUUUCAGGGCGGAACUGAAGUAAAGAUUGGUGAAUAUGAUUCUAUUGGGGACACACUGGACUUAAGUAAAGGACAAGCCAUCACAUGGAGAGACAAUUCCAGAAAAGGUUGCCAGUCCAAUAGCCUUCCACAGGAACUAGCAGUUAUACCUGCUCUGGAGGGUGGGAACAUCAAGAUGUCAAGUCCCUAUCUGAACAACCUCAUCAUUAUAGGCUGUAUGUUGACGUAUACCAGUGUCGUCUUGCUGGGUCUGGAUAGUAGGCUUACCAGCGAGAAGAACUUUCCAUACAUUUGUGCU